AUGAAGCCUUUUGUUGGAAUCCAAGCUGCACUCCUCGCGCUGGCGGUCCAGAUUACUGCCGCCGCUCCUCAUCCCCCCCCAGAAGAUGCACGACUGACGGAGUCCACUGGACUCUUAUCGUAUGAACCUGCUGUAGCUAGUAAAGGGAUUGCUAUUGAUCUCCCUGCCGAUUGCCCAGUCCCAGAUGCUUCUUGGUGGACAAAUGAGGAAUUAAGAGAAGAAGAAAUAAAGAAGGAUUCUAAAGAGACGGCUAACCCGCUUAAGGAGUUCCUCGAUGUCAUAGAAGCACCGUUCGAGGUCGUGGAAGAAACGGUAAAGACGUUUCUACAGGGAAUAAUGACUUAG